CUUUGAAAGUGGCUCAAUCUAUUUUAAUGAUUGGUUAGCUUCCUCACUUCAAAGGCAAUCCACACGCACUCCUGAUUGGAUGAGGGGCAGUCAAAAAAAAAAAGUUUGCACAGUGAUGAAACAGUAGGUGGAAGGAGCGGAGAGGCGGAGGCUGGGAUGAGUCGCAUUCUCUGAGUCCUGUCGCAGCUACUCACUUUCUUCAAACCAGAUAUGAUCUUGUAAAGCUGCUGCUUCCUUCCAGCGGGACAAACCUCAUGGCUUCUCUGGUUCUGCAAAGAGACAACACACUGCAGGCUUAUUUACAGGACAGAACACCUAGUUCUUCACCAGAAGGAGGACUUCUGUCAUCGUUGGCCCUAUUUCCAUCAACCUGUGUUCCUGUUAUUACAGCCAAGCCCGCACCCCGGGAGUAUACACAGUCUGCAUACGAUCCUGUUGCUCCAACUGCAGGAAUGUUUCAGUUAUGGAGCAAUGAUGUUCCGGCCAACUCAGGGAUAGGCUCCCAUGCUGUGACAUUUGGUGUCCCUAAAGUGCAGUAUCCUGGCCACAUGCAAACUAUUGCCUCUCAUGAGCUCCCAUUAACCCCCCCAGCGGAUCCUACUGCUUAUUCAUUUGAUUUGUCUCCAGUCAAAGUACUGGCUCCUCAAGUGCAGAGCAAUGCUGCCUACCAUUUCCAAGACCCAAGUGCAGUGGCUCAAGACUUCUCAGGCUUUAUGCAAGGUUCAACCACUUUGACCCAAAGACACUUGAGUUCAACACACAUUGAUGAACAGACAUGGUGGAGCCUGCAGCAGACAAGUCCAAACAAUUUUCCCUCAUUUCAUUUAGCCAAUCCAUUAGUUGUUGGGUCACAGCCCCAGUUUGCAGCACUUCUACAGAGCUCCUCCAAAACACUACUAAACUCUACACGUCGCUGUCGGAGGUGUAAGUGCCCAAACUGCCAAGCAUCUCCAAGCAACGAGGAACCAGGCAAAAAGAAGCUCCACAUCUGCCAUCUUCCAGGCUGUGGCAAAGUGUAUGGAAAAACUUCCCAUUUAAAGGCCCACUUGCGUUGGCAUGCUGGUGAGAGGCCUUUUAUCUGCAACUGGAUGUUAUGUGGGAAAAGUUUCACCCGCUCGGAUGAACUGCAGAGGCACCUUAGGACUCAUACUGGUGAGAAACGCUUUGGCUGCCAGGAGUGCGGCAAGAGGUUUAUGAGAAGUGACCACCUUUCCAAACAUACCAAAACCCACCAGAACAAAAAGAUGAAGUGUGCAGGGUCACCCCUGGAAAACAUUAAAAAGGAAUGAGAAAAAAAAAAUUAAAAUUGCACAUUUUACCCAGCAAAAGACUCAACCUAUGAAUGAUUAGACUUUAAAUAAGGAACCCAAAUCUUUUGUAUAUAGCAAUGUAUCAAGGCAUCACUCAUGAUGGAAUGGUUGUGAAUUUCUCUUAGGUUUAUCUCCAUGUCCAGAGCCAAAUGUGAUGCAUUUAAAAAUGGACAUGCCUUUGGGUAUUUAUAGACAUUUUGAAAUUGGAAAAUGCCAAGCUUUUUCUAAUUUAAACCCUGUAUGAUUCAAAUGAGCGUGUGUUGUAUAUAAGCGAGUAUCUGUGCGGGAAUUUUGGUGAUACAACCUCCCUGUUAUGGUAUCACACAUCAGUCACUGGAGUCAAUAUUUAUUCAUUUUAUUUGGGAUUAAUCAUUUUAUGAGACCUCCUAUUUAUUGGGGCAGAGGUGCCCAACCUGCCGGUGGGGCGAGAUACUGGCAGCUGUAGGGCAGCAGGUUGUGCAUCUCUAUAUUGGAUAAAAACAAAGUAUUUUGGAGAGCUGCUACUGAUUGUGAGUGUGUGUAUAUACUGCCAAGGUUAUCUAAAUAUAAUAAAAUACUUGUCUUCUUAUUCACUCCAUUCAUGCAAAUGUGAUUUAGUCGUUAAACAGUUAUUUCAACAAACUGCAAGAAAAAUAAAUGGAAUUUAAUGAUUCUUUGUAAAUGA